UAUCUUUUAUACUGAUCUUGUCUUUCCCACUCUCUUACGUUUAGUGGAACGGCUUAUCAAGCAGUGGGCGCCGAUCGUUUGGCUAGCGCCAGAGGAAAAAUUCAUGCCGCUGGGCGUGGAGGAGUUCCUGCAGCACGUUCAUCCCAUGGACAAGGAUCGCAGUUUUACACCUGGCAUGCCUUUCAGUGAAUACUCCACCAAAUCACACCUGGUGACCAAUGGCGAAAUGGAGGAUCUAUUGAACAACGAGCAAUCGUUUAUCUAUGGUCGCAAUCCCAACGAGGCACCAGUGCCCAUUUAUGGCGUGGUCACGUUGUGCCCACCGCCGCCCAAAAGAGAGCCAGAGCCAUUACCAAUGCAAGCCUUGUCCAGUACGCGGGGACCCUAUAUUCCAGUGUCCAUUGAUCCACUGGAAGAACGUAAUGAGACGUUGCGACGUUCGUCGCGUCUUUUUCCACUGUUCCAGCGCGUGAAGCGAGAGGCACCUAGCAUACCAGAGUACGGCCCAAUCAGUGACUACGAUCUGUUAAGCGAGACCCAGUAUGCCGGCGAAUCUUUGUCUAAGGCCGUGACGUUGGAUCAGCAGCAGAAACAACAACAACAGCAGUCAGAAUCAGAGCUGGAAAAUGGACUCCCAGUGAAUAAUUUCAUAGCAAAUCUGGCAGACAAUGUGAAAUUUAGUGGAGGCGUCGACCUGGACGACAAUAUGGAGGAUAACAACAUAGGCGAUUCGCAGCCUCAUGCUACAAGGAGAAUUAAGGGACACCUACCCAGUUUCCAUGUAACCUACUGGAUGUUCUACCCAUACAGCCAGGGCAAGACGAUGUGCACGCUAAGCCUGGGACCUCUGGGCCGCAUACCAUUUCCAGCCGUCUACGGCUACUGCCUGGGCCAUCGCCGAGACAUUGGCAGCCAUGUGGGCGACUGGGAGCACAUGACUUUGUACUUUAACGGCGAUUCCGAGCCACAGGCUAUGUAUGUCUCUGCCCACGAUGCGGGCGCCUACUACAGCUAUAGUCAUCUGACAGGCGCCUUCGAGUUCCGACGCCAAGAGACGCGCAAAGGCAUUCUACAGCGUCCCAAUUUCCCCAAAACUGUAACAACAUUCAAGAAUCACCCGGUGCUGUUCGCUGCCAAGGGUUCCCAUGGCCUAUGGACGGCGCCCGGGAAGCAUCGAUUCGUUAAAGUCGCUCGGCUAUACGACAUCAAUGGCUUUGGAACGCCAUGGAACACUUGGAAGGCCGUUGACAUAAGCUAUAAGAAUUUGCGCUCAUAUGGUCGCGCUUUGGUCCCUGAUUGGCUAACCUAUCGUGGCAAAUGGGGCAAUCCCAAGAGCAAGUGUCAUCCCUUUCGCCGCAUCGGACUCAACUUCUGCGAGUUUACAGACGGACCCACGGGUAUACCACUGAAGGAGCCGCACUUUCAAUGCGGCGCCGACUAUCGCUGAUUACAUUGGCCUAAAUAGUAUUAAGAUUACCCUUAGAUAAAUAUUUAUUGUGAAAAUCCCAUCCUGCUUCUUACUUUCAAAUGAAUUAAA